AUGGACGUGGGCAUCCACUGCACGUUCGGUGGCUGGAUACGGUAUGACGGCAACACUAUUACUGCCGAUAUAUGCGAGGCUUCUGGUGAAGUUCCCUGCACUACCAAACGGAACUUGGCUCAGCUGAGGCGGUUGUGGGCUAAACAUGUCUUGACGCAGCCGAGCUCAAGCCAGCAACAAACAUCCGACGGCCAGAACAGCACCGCAAUUUGGGACAAAGCAGCCAUGGAUAAAGUAUACGAGAUGAUUGAUACAGCAGUCGCACGGUCUGCGGCCAAGAAGAAAGGUGGCGUUGGCAGCGAGAAGGUAUUUGGACAGGGUUCGGGGGGCUGGUCGGGCAUGUCUGAGGACGGCGUGGUGCUGAAGCGUGACUCGGGGCUAAAAAACGUUGGCCACUAUGCUGAAGGAUGCGAUAAGGAGCCUGGAGGCAUUUUCCAGUCGGGAGACUCCGAAGUGUGGAUGACGUGGAAUGGGUGGUCUACACUAAGCACCAGAGAUGGCAGAUGGCGCCCGAGUUAUCAUUUGGAGAUUCUGCUCCUGCAUCUCACCACUGUGAUCGACUUUGGACUUACAAGGGCUAGAUUUCGGGAGCGUCAAGCAAGAUGGGCAUGUGCCACUGAAUGGGCGUGGCUAGACACGCCAUUGGACGUGCCUCAAGAGUUCAUGGACGCGAUGCGAACGGACGCCUCUGAGAUGAUUAGGAGAGAAAAGCUGCGGGCGCAAGACUUGAAUCCGCACAAAUUUGCGCCCGAAGACGCCGGCACGAAACAGCAGCGACUGCAGAGACUUCACGAUCGCGCAGCUCAUGUGGCCGCGUAUCACACGGCCGGUCAAGGGCUUGACACGGGGCGUGGACUGUUGGCUGCGUGGGCCUUGCUCCUCCCGAAUGACAUGAUAGACUAUGAAAGGGAUGUUCUUUGCGGCGAAAGUAACAACAUGAUCCGCAGCUUCACCAGCAGCCAGCAGAUUGUCGACGCUAGUGCCUGGUUGCUCAGGGGUCUCUUGUGGUCGUUUCUCAACUCCGAUUUCGAUCUUGCCGAUGUGUUUGUUGGUGUUUUGGCAUUUAAUGCCGCAUAUUGGCGAUAUAACACGGCAAAGUUCGUCAUUUACGAGGCAAGGAGUAUCCGCAACGUCCGACCGACCACGCCUCGGGAAAUCAGUGAUGUUGCAGAAAUAUUAGCUACCAGGAACGCGGUAAGUGUCAACGAAGCUGAAACAUAUGGUGACAUAUACCAGGUCUUGGAGAAAAGGGUCCGAGCAGCGUACGACGGCUGCACAUGCGUGGAGUUUCCCGAGGGACACGAAGCGAGCAAACUGCUUGCAGCGGUGAUGAAUGAGGGCGGUGGCGAUGAACUUGAGCACCGCCUCUUGGCCGCAAUCAUUUCCCUCAACAACGGGGCUAACUCGGGGGACAUCAGGUGUGAGUGUGGCAUGGACCUCCUGAUGUAUGAGGGCUUCGUGCGGUUCUUUCAUCCAGACCAGGGACUUGUUGCUCGACUCCAUUACCGCUCCGGUAAUCUUGACAAGGGAAACACCAUCGUCGACCUUAUCCCACCCGCCCACUGGGACCAAGACACCAUCAGUGACGAUUUCGCCUUGGAUCAUACAACAAUCCCGCUCUGCCCUGCCGGCGACGACGAAGACGACAACGAUAGCGACAACUUCUUUCUGGGAGCAUUUGCCGACACCGACUUUUCCUCUCCGUCCACCUACCCUCCAUUCACAACAAACCCGCCCGCGAGCGAGCAACCACCGCCGGACCGGGCUACAUUUCAGCUCCAGCAGACGGCUCGCACCAACAACAACCCUGGUCCAGAGCCGGCCCCCGUCCGCCAGACGUCAGCCUGUACCCGAACCUCUGCGGCGCCCUCACGACCUACACCGCGGUUCAGUCCGUCAGGCCCAGGAGAAUCGCAAAACACCUCGUUUACCACGGACCACGGCGACGACUCAUCCCCAUCACAAAGCUCUCACCCGGCCUUCUCAAACAAGAUGCCGCCGCCGCCAUCUCGACUUCAGCAUUUGCUCAACGAUACUGACGCCCCAUCAAUUAGUAAACGCAUGAGGACAUCGCAGCCCGGCGCCGACGCUGUAAACACGGCUUCCGCAGGCUCGUUAGCCACGCCAUCGGCACCCUUUGACGACGACGACGACGACUUGUUUGGAGAGGAUCGUACCACGCAAGGCUCCGAAUUAGUCGAGGGCGAAGACCUCACGACCAUAGACUUGACCGAGGCCAACAAGGUUCCAGAAGGCUUGAAGAAGCCGGAACAAGAUAACCGCACCAAGAUAUCCAAGUUCCAGUGUGUCAUCUGCAUGGAUGAUGCCACGGCCAUCACUGUUACUCACUGUGGCAAGUCUUGA